AUGUCCUGGUCAGGGUUCAAGAAAGCCGUCAAUAGAGCUGGAACGCAGGUCCUUAUGAAGACAAACCAUCUUGAUGAGAGUCUGGAUGAAGAGUUUGAUUUCCAGGAGAAGAACUUCCGGAUUAUCCAACAAUUUACUCAAGAGCUCUACAAUCGACUUUCAAGCUUAUUGGAAAAUCAUCAUAGUUGUCUAAAGGCUAAUCUAGCCGUUGCUACCACUUUGAACUCAUAUUAUGGAACCUCCACUACGGAUGGAUUUGAAGGAAAAUAUCUGGAGAUCGUCAACAGGAUAAAAGACGAUGUGUUACCCAAUUCAGUGGAACCGUUCAAUUAUACAAUAUUGCAACCGUUAGAGACUCUUAAACAGUACAAUGAAGAGUUUGACUUGUUAAUAAAAAAACGUUAUAGAAAGAAAUUGGACUACGAUAUGCUCCAAUCCAAAUUGUCAAAAUUGACCACCGAAAAAGAACAAUUGGAAUUUGACAAGAGGAACAACUCACUAGAUUCUCAAACGGAGCGUCACCUAGAGUCAGUUUCCAAGUCAAUUACAGAAAGUUUGGAAACAGAAGAGGAGUAUCUACAAUUGAAUUCCAAACUUAAAGUCGAGCUGUCCGAAUUCAUGUCGCUAAGGCUUUCUUACUUGGACCCCAUUUUUGAAAGUUUCAUUAAAGUUCAGUCAAAAAUUUUCAUGGACAUUUAUGACACAUUAAAGAGCGGACUACCUUAUGUUGAUUCUCUAUCCAAAGAGGAUUAUCAGUCCAAGAUCUUGGACUCUAGAAUAGAUAACAUUCUGUCGAAAAUGGAAGCGCUGAACCUUCAAGCUUACAUUGAUGAUUAG